AUCCUGUGACGUCACACGUGCGUGCAAUGGUAGUUACAUCACGAAUCGAGCCGGUCCAUUUCCUCCUUCGUACGUGCGAGUUGAGGCCCAGGGGAUUCCGAAAGCUGGGUAUUUUACUCACGAUUUAGUCAAAUAACGUUAAUAUAUAUACACAGUUACAAUGGCUGACUACGAGGAGAACGAGUCCAAAUUUAUGAGGAAAGCCAAGGAGAAUCCGUUUGUACCUGUGGGCAUGGCCGGCUUCUUUGCCAUUGUAGGCUACAGACUAUGGAAGCUGAAAAGUCGCGGGGACACUAAAAUGUCUGUGCACCUGAUCCACAUGCGCGUGGCCGCCCAAGGCUUUGUGGUGGGCGCCAUGACUAUCGGUGUCAUUUACACAAUGUACAGGGACUUUAUUGCCAAACCAAGAGACGAACAGAACCAAGCGCGAUCUAAGUGAACAUUGACUCGACUCGUUUUAUUUAACUUCCCUUAAUAUUACCUCAUAUUAAGGUUUACUUUUCUACUGAUAGAUUGCACCUAUACACAAGUAAAUAAGAUUUGAAUAUCUAAAGACAAUAGUACUGUACGUCAAAACUAUCACCAUCUUCUACACAGCUUGGAGUUAUAAUUCUUGAUUAUUUGAGGAUAUUUAUUUACUUUUGUUUUAUUUUGAAUAGUAUGGGGUUGUUGUAUUGAAUUAGUUAAAAUAUAUUUAUAGGAUGUAGAUAAACUAAGACUGUUUUGGAAAAAAAAAAAUACUUUCCCUCUGUUGUUGGGAUAGGCUCCGACACACCCGCGACCCUGGAUGGAUGAUUUGUCUUGUGUGGUAUAUCAUCGUUAAUAUACAUGGAUUUGUGUUUUAUUUUUAUGCCAAAUCAUAUCUGUACAACUCAAAUGCAACAGGUACAUUGGCAAAUAGAUGUAAUGUGGUUUAUCCAUUAAAGUUAGGAUACAGUAAUACAACUUCAUUCAAAUAGAGCUUUACAAAUGGGUCUUCAAAUGAGUUUUAAAAAUGGACCGAGAUAUUCAUUGACUGAAUUCAAUAUUUGAUCCUCAUGUGUCACGUUUUACAUCAACACAGGUCCAAUUCAAUUUAAAGCGAUGCUGCAAUCACUUAAAUGCCUUAUGUGACAGAGAUAUUUUGAAAUGUGUACACAUGCUGUUUCAAUAUUUGUAAUUUCGUUUCCAUGUCACUGAAAAGUAAAUGAUUCGUUAUGUGAACUCUCA